GGGCUGCAUGCGGGUUCUACGGACUCUGGAGCAAGAUCGAAUGAACUGCAUUUCCCAGGGUGCGCUGCGCGGCAUGCGCAGUCACGUUAAAGAGCCGGCUCUGCGAGCUCUGGGCGGACGCAGGAAGCCCCUCCAUUUUGGCCAGAAUGGACCAGCCAAAGGGGGUCAAUUGGACGGUCAUUAUCCUGACAUGCCAGUACAAGGACAGUGUCCAGGUCUUUCAGAGAGAGCUGGAGGUAAGGCAGAAGCGGGAGCAGAUCCCUGCCGGGACGAUGUUACUGGCUGUGGAGGACCCCCAGACCCGAGUAGGCAGUGGAGGAGCUACUCUCAAUGCACUGCUGGUGGCUGCUGAGCACCUGAGUGCCCGAGCUGGCUUCACCGUGGUCACGUCAGAUGUCCUGCACUCGGCUUGGAUUCUCAUCUUGCACAUGGGCCGAGACUUCCCCUUUGAUGACUGUGGCAGGGCCUUCACUUGCCUCCCUGUGGAGAAUCCACAGGCCCCUGUGGAGGCCUUGGUAUGCAACCUGGACUGCCUGUUGGAUAUCAUGACCCACCGGCUGGGUCCAGGAUCCCCACCAGGUGUGUGGGUCUGCAGCACCGACAUGCUUCUGUCUGUUCCUCCAAACCCUGGGAUCAGUUGGGAUGGCUUCCGGGGAACCAGAGUGAUCGCCUUUCCUGGGAGCCUGGCCUACGCUCUAAACCACGGGGUCUACCUCACUGACUCGCAGGGCGUGGUUUUGGACAUUUACUACCAGGGCACUAAGGCAGAGAUACAACGGUGUGUCAGGCCUGAUGGACUGGUACCACUGGUCUCUGGGGUUGUCUUCUUCUCUGUGGAGACUGCUGAGCACCUCCUAGCCACCCACGUGAGCCCACCGCUGGACGCCUGCACCUAUAUGGGCUUGGACUCUGGAGCCCAGCCUGUGCAGCUGUCUCUGUUUUUCGACAUCCUGCUCUGCAUGGCUCGGAAUAUGAGCAGGGAGAACUUCGUGGCUGGGCGGCCCCCGGAGAUGGGGCAAGGUGACCCGGAUGUAGCACGUUACCUGAAGGGAGCCCGGGCCCAGCUGUGGAGGGAGCUUCGAGAUCAGCCCCUCACUAUGGUGUAUGUCCCUGAUGGCGGUUACAGUUACAUGACAACUGAUGCCACGGAGUUCCUGCACAGACUCACGAUGCCUGGAGUAGCUGUGGCCCAGAUUGUUCACUCUCAGGUGGAGGAGCCACAGCUGCUAGAGGCUACGUGCUCCGUGGUCAGCUGCCUGCUGGAGGGUCCCGUGCACCUGGGGCCUCGAAGUGUCCUGCAGCACUGUCACCUGAGGGGCCCCAUUCAUAUUGGCGCUGGCUGCUUUGUGAGUGGCCUGGAUACCGCCCACUCCGAGGCACUGCAUGGCCUGGAGCUUCAUGACCUCAUCCUUCAGGGACACCACAUACGGCUGCAUGGCUCCCAGAGUCGUGUAUUCACUCUUGCUGGCCGUCUGGACAGCUGGGAAAGACAGGGGGCAGGCAUGUAUCUCAACAUGUCCUGGAAUGAGUUCUUCAAGAAGACAGGCAUUCGAGACUGGGACCUGUGGGACCCAGAUACACCCCUCUCAGAUCGAUGCCUUCUCAGUGCCCGCCUUUUCCCUGUGCUCCACCCCACGAGGGCUCUGGGGCCCCAGGAUGUGCUGUGGAUGCUGCAUCCUCAUAAGGACAGAGGCGAGGCCCUGCGUGCCUGGAGAGCCUCCUGGCGUCUGUCCUGGGAGCAGCUGCAACCUCGCCUGGACCGGGCUGCCACACUGGACUUCCGUCGGGAUCUGUUCUUCCGCCAGGCCUUGCAGAAGGCGAGGCAUGUGUUAGAGGCCCGGCAGGACCUCUGCCUACAUCCACUGAUCCGGGCUGCUGUCGGUGAAGGUUGCUCUGGGCCCCUGCUGGCCACACUUGACAAGGUUGCAGCAGGGGCAGAAGAUCCUGGUGUGGCAGCCCGGGCUCUGGCUUGUGUGGCAGAUGUACUCGGCUGCAUGGCAGAGGGCCAAGGAGGCUUGCGCAGUGGGCCAGCUGCCAACCCUGAGUGGAUUCAGCCUUUCUCAUACUUGGAACGUGGAGACCUCAUGAGGGGUGUGGAGGCACUUGCCCAGGAAAGAGAGAAGUGGCUGACCAGGCCUGCCUUGUUGGUUCGAGCUGCCCGCCAUUAUGAGGGGGCUGAGCAGAUCCUGAUCCGACAGGCUGUGAUGACAGCCCGGCACUUCGUCUCCACCCAGCCAGUGGAAUUGCCAGCACCUGGGCAGUGGGUGGUGACUGAGUGCCCAGCCCGUGUGGAUUUCUCUGGGGGCUGGAGUGACACACCACCCAUUGCCUAUGAGCUUGGUGGAGCAGUAUUGGGCCUGGCUGUUCGGGUGGAUGGCCGCCGGCCCAUCGGGGCCAAGGCACGCCGCAUCCUAGAGCCUGAGCUCUGGCUGGCAGUGGGACCUCGACAGGAUGAGAUGACCGUGAAGAUAGUGUGCCGGAGCCUUGAUGACCUGCAGGAUUACUGCCAGCCUCAUGCCCCAGGUGCCUUGCUGAAGGCAGCCUUUAUCUGUGCGGAUAUUGUGCAUGUCAACUCAGAGGUCCCUCUGCAUGAACAGUUGCUACGCUCGUUUAAUGGUGGCUUUGAGCUGCACACAUGGUCAGAGCUGCCACACGGCUCUGGUCUUGGCACUAGCAGCAUCUUGGCAGGGGCUGCCCUGGCUGCUUUGCAGCGGGCUGCAGGCCGGACAGUGGGCACAGAGGCUCUCAUCCAUGCAGUGUUGCACCUGGAGCAGGUGCUCACCACAGGAGGUGGCUGGCAGGACCAAGUGAGUGGCCUAAUGCCUGGCAUCAAGGUGGGGCGCUCUCGGGCACAGCUGCCCCUAAAGGUGGAGGUGGAGGAAAUCACUGUGCCUGAGAACUUUGUCCAGAGGAUCAAUGACCAUCUGCUCCUGGUUUAUACUGGCAAGACCCGGCUGGCACGGAAUCUGCUGCAGGACGUGCUAAGGAACUGGUAUGCUCGGUUGCCUGUUGUGGUACAGAAUGCCCGCAGACUGGUUCGACAGACUGAGAAGUGUGCUGAAGCUUUCCGCCAAGGAAACUUGGCUCUGCUGGGACAGUACCUGACCUCAUACUGGGAGCAGAAGAAGCUUAUGGCCCCAGGCUGUGAGCCGCUGGCUGUGCAUCGGAUGAUGGAUGUCCUGGCCCCUUAUGCCUUCGGCCAAAGUCUGGCAGGGGCAGGCGGUGGGGGCUUUCUCUAUCUGUUGACCAAGGAACCCCGGCAGAAAGAGGUCCUAGAAGCUGUGCUGGCCAAGGUGGAGAGCUGGGGACUGAACCCAGGGCCUUGCGCUUCCUAGGCGUGGGGUAUGUGGCUGCCUCUGACUGUCUGCAGCAGCUCAGCAUGAUGGCCUCCUGCUCUAGCAGGGGUGGAUAGUUUCUGCGACUGGAUGACAUUUGAAAUUCUGGGAAUUUUUCCAAGGUUUGUAGAUGCUAGAGCCCUAUAGGUGUGGGGUGGAGGUGGUUCAGGGAGGGGUUGAUUGUAGUUUAUUAGUAGUGUGCUUCAAGAAGAAACGAGAAAGAAAUUAGAUUCAGAGAUCUCUCUCCCUUCUAUCCUUCUUUCUUUCCUAUCUCAAGGAAAGGUAGGUUAGACAGCCAGAGCUUCCCUGUAAAAAGCUCGGUAAAUAAAGUUAUUGCCCUCCUUUAAAACACAUGCACACUAGUGUGCGCUCACACACACUCAGGCCCAACUCUAAGGUUACAACAGUAUAUAUAGGCAGCCCUUUCCUUCUGCUUUAAAGUAUCCUCCUGUUAGUGUCCACCUAGGUGGCAGGACCCUAGCUUUCCUCCUUUCUGAGUCAGAGAGUGGGAUGUAACUAGGACCUCACUUUAAUACUUCACAACGCUUGCUCUAUGCUGACUGGUCCUGCUAUUGGAGACUGUUAGCACAUACUUCUCCUGUAUCAAGUGGACAUUCAUUUCAUGACAGUGUCAUGGUAGAGGUCAUUACCUCUCUUUUACAACUGAGGCUAAGGAAACUUUAAACAGAACUUGCCUACAGCCUCCUAAGUGGUUAGAUGUCUAGUGGAGAUUUGAACAUACUAAUAUCUAACUUCAAGGCCCAAGAAAUUUCUACUAUGCUCUGCAGCCCUCUUAAAAAAAUGACAGCAGGGAGCUGGAGAGAUGGCUCAGUGGUUAAGAGCACUGACUGCUUGUUCUUCCAGAGGUCUGAGUUCAAUUCCCAGAAAACACAUGGUGGCUCACAACCAUCUCUACAGGGAUCUGUUCCCUUCUUCUGGCAUGGUGGUCUACACCAUGUGUAUGAGAUAGAGUACUUAUACAUAAAAUAAAGUAAUAAAAAACCCUGAAAGACAAUUUCCCUUGUACCUCCAGAGUCUUCUUCAGAGUUGAGAUGUUCUCACUGCAGACUUCCACAUUAUUCAGAGUCACCUGCAAGAUGGUGGAAAAGGAAUGUUACUUCCUGCUCACUGGGCUUGCUGACCACUCAAACGCUACUCGAAUGUCUGACAGUUAUGGUUCAUGAGGCUCAGAGAAGUACAAGCGUGAGUUUCAGCCUGAGGAAAGCCCACAGCACUGUUAUUGGGCAGGAUGCUCAGAUCUUGGCUCAGAAUGGGAAGCCAGGCUCAUGCUUUCUCCUGUUCCCAAUACCAAAGCAGAAAACCAUGUUGACUGCAGAGGUAUCACACCCCAGGCUCCACAUUACUUAUAGACCAGGAACAAUGCAGGCGAACAGGAACGUGGUAAGUCCUGGACAUUAAGGUAGCAGGCCUCGGUAAGGACUGCAAACAUACUGAACACUUGUGAUGAGCAAGGCAUUCUUCUGGAUAGUGAGGGGGAACCAACCAACACUGCAGCAGAGCAGGCAACGCACACGCCCUGAGAGCAGGCACUACGCUUUAGUGCUAGCACGUGUGCUGAGCAGGAGCAAAACCCUGGACUGAGUUCCUAGCACCCAGCCCUGGCCCAGCCUCCGGCCUCUGAUACUUAUCAUACAAAGUCAGGUAGUGAUAACACUACGAUAAAAAAUAAAACAGGGAUGGAAACAAAUUCACAGUGGAAAGCUCACAACACUAGAGUAGGAAUGAGCCCCUAGUGUGGACUAAGGGCUCCUUUUUUCAUGACUCACAUGUCUCUGAGACUGGUCAUCAAAGCAGGAAGUGGACUGGAGAGACACCUCAGAGCUUACUACGUGAUCAAGAGGACUAGAGUCUGUAUGCCAGCACCAACAACGCCAUAACUACAGCUCCAAGAGCUCCACAUUGCUCUUCUGCACUCUAAUGAAAGGCACACGUACCCUGCUGUACCAUGUGCAUUUAAUCACACACACAAGCACACAAUACACACGCAUGCACGCACACACACACAUGCACACCUCUUGGGGAAACAAAAAGCAGUAAAGGGAUGUGUCUGAGUAGGUAGAGUGUUUACAGAGCAUACGUAUACCCCUGGGUUUUAUUCCCAGCACUGCAUAAAUCAGAUAUGGAAGAGCUCACAUAAUUCUAGUACUCAGGAAGCAGAGGCAUGAAAAUCAGAAAUUCAAAGUUGUCCUUGGUUAUAUAGUGAAUUGAGGCCGACCUGGACCACAUGAAAUCAUCUUUGAUAACGGACAACUAUCAACUAUGACCAUCUGAAGGAUGCAUCUUUGGUUUGAGGUACUCAGGAAGGCUCCCCGGUGAAGAUGAUGGUUGAACUGAAUUUACAAAGCUAGAAUGCUCACCUUCCACUCUCUGUAACUGAUGGGACCACCUCACCACUUUAUCAGCCUCUCCUUAGCUCCCUGUCAUAUUCCUUUUCUUCCCACCUGUGGUGCUCAGGAUCAAAUGCAGGCCAUGCCACUAAGGUACAUCCCAGGCUUCCCUUGCCCUCCUUAAGGCAGUUUCAUAUCAUCAGUCCUGUUGACCUCAAACUCCCUUUAUAGCCAAGGACCACUCACUGCCUCUACCUCCCAAGUACUAGAGGAAUGCCUGACAAGAAUUUUUUUUUAAUUGUGCGUGUAAGCAUGUAUAUGUCUGGUAGAGAGGCCGAGAGUCCAGGCAUCAGAACCACUGGAACUGUAGUUAUAGAUGGUUGUAAGCCACCAUCCAUCCAUGCUGGUGCUGGGAAGGGAACUUUCUUCCACAAGAACAGCAUAAUGUGCAGCCAGGAGAGAUGGCCCAGCAGUUAAAAGAGUAUUUGUCAUUCUUGCAGAGGACCUAUGUUUCUUUCUUAGCACUUACAUGGUACCUUACAACUAUCCAUAAUUCCAGUUAUAGGGGACCUGACAUCAUCUUUUGAUCUCAGUAGAAACCAGGCAUGCCCAUGUGCACAUGUAUGCAUACAGGCAAAACUCAUAUAUGUGGGGUCAGGAGAGAUGGCCCAGCAGAUAAAAGAAUAUUCAUUAUUCUUGUAAUGGACCUAGGUUUAGUUCUUGGCACUCACAGGGUACCUUACAUAUACACAAAAUAAAUAAAUCUUUAAAAAGUUAAAAACAAGAUAUCUUAAUUAAUAAACCACUUUUCCAGCACCAUCAUGGCAAUUUUUUAAAAAGAUUUAUUUAUUUAAUGUAUAUGAAGAUACUGUAGCUGUCUUCAGACACAUCAGAAGAGGGCAUUUGAUUCCCACUAUAGAUGGUUGUGAGCCACCAUGUGGUUGCUGGGGAUUGAACUCAGGACCUCUGGAAGAGCAGUCAGCACUCUUAACCGCUGAGCUAUCUCUCCAGCCCCAUCAUGGCAAUUUUAAGAGGGUCUCCUAUAGCCUAUACUGGCCUCAAACUUGCAAUGAAGCUGAAGCUGGCCUUGAACUCUGGACUCUGUCUCUACCUCCUGAAGUUACAGAUGUGUGCCACCAUGUCCAGUUUCUGGCAGUAUGUUUUAGGGCAGUGAUGCUAUAUAAGCCAGGCUAUGGCCUGGGAUAUUGGUAAUAGAGACUGUGGGUGGCAGGAUUAACAUAUCUGGGAGAGUCUCACUGCCUCAACCUGGUUAGUAGGUGGCAUGGCCCAGGAAGAUGGCAGGCAGGAGUCACAACUAAGAACUUAGGGAUUUUAGGGUAAAUGGAGAGUCCCAGAUCCACAAGGAUUGAAGUACUUUUCUAGUUGACAUAUGCAGUCAGUACUGAGAAACCACACUGCUGACUGUGCCACUUAGACCACGCUGAAUGGGGUUGCGUAAGGGAACUAAAGCCAUAACACAAGCCUGCUAACAUUGAAUGUUUCCAGAAAAACAACUAUACUGUUACAACAUAAGUGAUUCCCAGGCACUUUAGGGCACCAAGAAAUAAUUGUCAUGAGAGGAAAAAGGGUUGGGUAUUGAUUUUUAGAGUUUCCUUUGGACUGACAAUCUUUGUAAACAUGGAUUCGCUGGGUUUAGCUCCUGCUUAUAGAAAAUGGGAUUAUAGAGUUGGGGGAUUCCUUUUGACAGCUAAAUGAAUCAAAGUGUCAUACAAGUAGGCUCUGUGGGCUGGGGGCAUGGCUCAGGCAGUAAAGGUCAGGCUCACAACUAAAAUGCCAAAGAAGAAUUUGUAGUGGGGGGGAUGACAUUCUAAGUGUUUGGAACCAGAAAAACUAGAAAUCUGUCACCAAGCACUCAGUACCACCUUUGUUUUGGCUUUUUCAUGUGGGUCUCCUUUUUUUUUUUUUGGUUCUUUUUUUCGGAGCUGGGGACCGAACCCAGGGCCUUGGGCUUACUAGGCAAGCGCUCUACCACUGAGCUAAAUCCUCAACCCCCCUCAUGUGGGUCUCCUAACAAUGAAAUUGUCAGCCUAUCGAUGGUGGUGCAGUCCCAGCACUUGGGAGGCAUAGGUAGGUGGAUCUCUAAGGCCAGCCUGGUCUACAGAGUAAGUUCCAGGACAGCUAGGGCUCCAUAAAGAAAGCCUGUCUUGAAAAGAAUCCAACAAAACAAAGCCAAACAAUGAAACUGUGUAACUGGAAGAUUCCCAGGGAACGAUGAAUGAGAGCCAAGGCACUCAGUGGCCAGCCUUGGGGAUGGGAGAAGUCAUGUGGUAGAAAAGAACUACAAAAGGCAGAUGGAUUAGGUUAAGAGGUUCGAAACAAAAGACCAACUAGGCUUAUGGCCUGUGCCAGUAACCCAGCCGCUCAGAGGCUGAGGAAGGCAGGUGUACUUGCAAGACAUGCCUGGGUUAUGGAGCAACCAGGCAAGCCUAAGUAAGUUGGUGAGACUUUGGCUCAGAUCAAGCAUCGGGAGACAUAUUUUAGGAGCAGUGUGCUUGCCUGGCACAUGUGAAGCCUUCUGUUCAAUUUCUAGCACUGAAAAAACAAAAAUGGGCUGGAGAGAUGGCUCAGAGGUUAAGAGCACUGACUGCUCUUCCAGAGGUCCUGAGUUCAAUUCCCAGCAACCACAUGAUGGCUCACAACCAUCAGUUAUAGGAUCUGAUGCUCUCUUCUGGUGUACCUGAAAAUAGCUACAGUGUACUCAUACACAUAAAAUAAAUAAAUGAUUCUUAAAAAAAAACCAACCCAAACAAACAAACAAAAAAAAAAUCAAGCAAGGGGUUGGGGAUUUAGCUCAGAGGUAGAGCGCUUGCCUAGCAAGCACAAGGCCCUGGGUUCGGUCCCCAGCUCCGAGAAAAAAAAAAAAAAAAUCAAGCAAACAAAAACCAAGUAAAACAAACAGAUGCCUAGUCAAAGACAUGGAGCGCUAAUGUGAUAGGUCCCAAGAGGCCUGAGUGUUUCUGAGUCCAGCAUGGCAGAAUGAAUGAAUGAAUGAAUGAAUGAAUGAUGAUGAUGAUGAUAAAUAAUAAUAAUAAGUUCUGUGAAAAAAAGGAAAUAGUGUGCAAGCAAAGCUAAAAGUGUAAGUUCGUCAGAGUGUGACAACGUUUGUUGGGCCUUUUUCGCAAAGUUUUUAAAAGGAAAUACAUUUGAUAAGUAAAUAUCUUUUGGAGCUUCUCUUUUUAGUUAAAGUUAUUACUUCUUUGUGUGUGUACUAUGUGUGUGGAUGGAUGUGCCUUAUUGAGGCAGGGUCUGGCUCUGUAGCCCUGGCUGUCCUGGAACUCUCUAUGUAGACCAGGCCCUGAGCUUCCGGUGCUGAUAGUAAAAACGGGCACCCCUAUUUCUAGCCUUCCCUCCUCCCCACUUUUAAAAAGACAAGGUCUGAUGUAUACAGGGCUGACUUUGAACUUCCUAAAUAGCCAGGAUUGUCUUUCAACUCAUUUUCCUGUCUCUGCCUCCCAAAUGCUGGGUUACAGGUGUAUACUACCAAGUUUGGGUUGCUCCUCUUUUUGGACAGCACCCGUGAUAUCAUACAGCUAGCUUGGACAGAUGGAACUCAUACCAACAGCAGUGUUUUCUUCUUGUUUUUUGAGACAAAGUAACCUUGGUUGGCCUGGAACUUCUAGAGAUCUGUUUGCCUCUGCUUCCUGAGUGUUGGGAUUAAAGGUGUCAAUCACUAUACCUGUCUCAAGGGAAAUUUUUUCUUUUUUUUCCCCCGGAGCUGGGGACCGAACCCAGGACCUUGCGCUUCCUAGGCAAGCGCUCUACCACUGAGCUAAAUCCCCAACCCUGGGAAAUUUUUUCAAUGUCAACAAGAGGACAGGGAGCUAAAAUAACCAUGUUAGAUGUGUCUGGUGACUAGUUAGUGUGAUUUCCUUGUAAUGGUUAAGGUUUCAGUAAAGUUAGAGCCAAUGUCUCUGAGAUCAAGAACCUAAAUCUGAGAGUAGCUGAGCACCCUGAACUUCAUGGACACACUUUUGUAUUCGAUCUAUCGGCAGAUUAUUGACUGAGAGCUCAGCUUCAGUGUCCUUCACUUUAGGCCUCAGGCACUAAGCUCAAGUCUAGUGGAUGUGAAGGAGAGAAUACAAGUGACCAGGAUAGCAUUGUUCCUAUUCACGUCAGUGAGCAUGGGCAGAGAGACUGGAUCGUAGCGUCAGCGUCUUUUCUGUGUCCUUUAGUGUCACAAACUCUCUGCCCCGUACGAACGCUUUCAUCUUUUCAGGCCCCUCUUUCCUCUUACCACACAGUGGGGAGGCUCACUGGUUCAUUACUCUCUUCUUUGACUCUGUGAGGCUAAAUGUCCCCUACCCUCCUUGAGACAGUCUGGAUAGGAGCCCAGGACAACCCUGAAUUCAUGAUCCACCUUUCUCAGCUUCCCAAAUGCUGAGAUUACAGGCAUGUUCCAAAGAGGAAGUUACUAGAAAAGCAGUUUUGUGAGGCAAAGGGCUCUCGAUUGUCGGCCUUCCCUCAGAAAAGCCUGGCACCGCUGUUAGAGUUGGUUUGUGGGACGCAUACACCAUGGAGCCCCUUAAUUGCUUGUAAAAGGAGCUUUGGAAAGAACACUGAGAAGUAAGGCACCUAGGUUUUCAGAAAAAAGAAGGGAAAAAAAAGUACAUAUUCUGCCUCUGGUUACUUAGAGCAGGUUUCUGGCAAGAAGUGGUUUCAGAACCUAGAGAAACUCUCCUUAAAGGUGUUUUCCUUUUCAAUUAAGUUCUAGAGAAAAAGUCUUCACCCUGAGGCUUUUUAUGAUAUGACUAAGGAGUUACAGUAUAACCUUUCAAGGGGUCUGGAAAUGUGGGUCAGUUGAGCCACCACUGCUGAAAUGGGGCACUCCAAAGGCAAAGGCAGGAAGACGGAAGUUAAAGGUCAUCCUUCAUUAUGUAGCAAGAUCAAGACCAGCCUUGGCCACAAAUCUAUUUCAAAUUUACAAUAACCCUUAAGAAAGUCUGCCCCAGCCACCAGCCUCAUGGCCACCUACCAGGAAGGACAGCUUGGCUUCAUCAGUGCUCUCGAUGCCUUUGGUGUCAAACUUGCCUUGCUGGAGGCUGCUGUGCAUGAUGUUCACGGCACUCGUCACCCCACGCUGGAUGUCCUGUAAGGUGGUGGCUGGGAAGCCCAUUCUUAGCUUAUUACAUAGAACAUCCCUGUGGGGCAGAAAGGCAUAUGCAGUGUUCACCCUGGCCUACAGGACAGCAAGAACAGAGCACCCACUACCCCAACUACUCUUUGGGGGUGGAGACUACUGUGGGGGACAUCAGGGGCCAGGACAGGACAGCAACCAGUACUUGCUCAAAGAUACUAAGAGUAUAUAGAGGAGACCGGUCACUUCUUUUUAUAAAAUACAGGAAAAAAGAAAAAGACCAGCCAUCAUGUACUGAACAGCAAGGCUGGGGGAAGGGUAGGAUGGACCUGUCUUCAGCAAAUACACUGUCCAUGGUGGCCCUGACAGUGUCACUGUGCUUCUAGCUACUGUUUAUUUCUCCAUCAGGCUUUCAUUUAUCACCAAUGAACUGCAAAGAGGACAGAGUAAAGCUUAGUGAGAUGCAGUCCCAUGCAGGAGCUGAAACACUUUUGAGUCAAGUUAGUACUGAGUUCUCUAUUUUACUUCUUAAGAGGUCUGGGACCAUGACAAAAGGUCACAAUAUAAUCUCUCCAGGCCCCAGUUCUACAUUUACAGAACAGAAAGCAUAGUUUCUAUAUCAUUAUUUAAAUAUUUAUUUAUUUUGUGAGGGCAGCAAUGCUACAGCACGUUUGUGGAGGUGAGGGAACAACUUGCAGGAAUUGGUUCACCUUCCACUCGGUGUGGGCUCUGGAGAUUAAACUCAGAUCAUUAGAUUUAGCAGCAAAUAUCUUUACCUGCUGAGCCAUAUCAUCUGUCUCACAUCAAAGUUUUUAUACAAUAAAAAAUGGGGGUGGGGACAGGCAUGGUGGCACACAACUUUAGUCCUAGCACUCAAGAGGCAAAGGUAGGCAGAUCUCUUGAGUUUGAGGCUAGCCCAGUUUACAGAGCCACGUUCCAGGAUAGCCAGGGCUACACUGAGAAACCCUGUCUCAAAAAAAUGAAAGUAUAAGGGGGAGGGCGGAGGGUGUUGGUAUAGUGCUUGGCUUAUAGAAACUAUGAAUGUCAUUAUAACCACUGCUCUUAUCUAAACCACUUGCUUUUCUUUUGGGUCUGAGGGUAAUGACACCUUCAACAUACUUUAGUGAAUUAGGUUAAGUAUUAGAAAUUAGGCACUUGGGCUGGAGAGAUGGCUUAGUGGUUAUGAGCACUGACUGUUCUUCCAGAGGUCAUGAGUUCAAUUCCCAGCAACCACAUGGUGGCUCACAACCAUCUGUAAUAGGAUCUGAUGUCUUCUUCUGGUGUGAAUGAAGACAGAGUACUCAUCCACAUUAAAUAAAUAAAUAAAUAAAUAAAUAAAUAAAUAAAUAAAUAAAUAAAUAAAUGGAAAUUAGGCACUUAAGAUAUUUGGCUGAUAGUUUCCCUGAGCUUAGGAUGUUAUAUUUGGAAUAGAAACAUAUCUCUAUUUUUUUUUUUCCUUUUUGAGACAGGGUUUUCCUGAGUCCUUGGCUUUUCUCGAACUCACUCUGUAGAGCAGGAUGGUCUUGAACUCAGAGAUCCACCUGCUUCUGCCUCCUUAGAUUAAAGGCAUGUGCCAUCAGGCUCAGAUAGCUUAAUCUUGUUUAGAACCAAAUAUAACCAGUAAAAAAAAGGAAAGAAACAAAUAAGACAAGGAAUCAAAUAAAACUAGAACUUUUAUGCCCAUAAAGCAGAAAGGGCGUCAACACUACCUGAAGUCAGCUUCCAGCUCUCUGGUUGCAAGGUUGAUCAUGGCACAGAGACAGUCGAUGUUAGAGCUGGACAGAGCACGCCCAAUGCACUUUUUAACAAUGUAAAAGACAUCAUCCACCAUGCUGGAUGUCAACUGGCCCUUCUCAUAGGUAUCCAGAGCCACAGCCUAUCAAAAGGCAAAGUCCUAAGUGAGUAUCCAGAUCUGAUGUUCUAGAUAAUUCUGGUUAUACUAGCCCUGUCUCUGAACCAUUUCUUAUAUUUUGUCCAUGCUGGUCACAGCUUGACAAAAAAAAAAAAAAAAAAAAAGAUUACGACGUUAGAAAGCAGUAUUUGGGGCCUUUCCUUUGGCAAUAUCCAUUACCUGGGAUGUUAGACAUAGGAGAGGCCCUACCCCAUAUAUCUGCAGGGAGGUGGGGAACAAGUAGGCGCCAUAAGAGCUAAGCUGUUCUUUUGUAAUCUUUAGGAAAGACCCAGCUAGGAAUGUGAAGAGCAUGACAACUUCAGAGAUGUCUUCUUACUAGAUCCAAAAGUACUUUCAAAGCAGGACCAAGAAAUAUGUCAGGUCCCAGCCAUUUCCUUCAGCCUGGCUUCUUGGACAGGAAGCCCCACUUGCAGAGACGUAUCCUAAUGUCCUACCUUAUUGACAGUCUCUCUCAUGAAGUACUCCUCCAUGGUAAUAUAGAAGCCAACUAGCUCCUGCAUGGUACAGCUCAAUAGGCAGUUAUUGAGGAGUUUGUCCAGGCACUUCUGGUGCUCUAGGGGACAGCCAAGAAAGGAAUAUUCACUUUUUCCCCAAGACGGAAAGAGCAAGGCUUUUCAUUUUUCAAGUUCCUCUCUAGUCUUUUUCCCAAGCAGGUGCAUAUUUUCCAUGAUUAAAAUCAGUAUAGAUAGCAUUUUUCAACAUCUUUUUCUGUAGCUUAAUUUUUUUCAUUUAUUUAUUUAUGUGAGUACACCGUCACUCUCUUCGGAUGCAUCAGAUCCCAUUACAGAUGGUUGUGAGCCACCAUGUGGUUGCUGGGAUGUGAACUCAGGACCUCUGGAAGCAUAGUCAGUGCUCUUAACCACUGAGCAAUCUCUCCAGCCCCAGCUUAAUUAUUUUUAAAGACUUUUUGAUUGCUUGAUUAUUUAUUUAUUUAUUUAUUUAUUUAUUUAUUUAUUUAUGUGUGUGUUUAUGUGUAGGCUAAUGAAUCACUGCAGAGACCAGAAGAGAGCAUCUCUGGGGCUAUUUUACAAGUGGUUGUGAGCUGCCCAACAAGCCUUAGGAACCAAACUCUGGACCUGUGGGAGAUCUGCAAGCACUCUUACCCACUGAACUACCUCUCUCGCCCCUUAGUCAUCUCUAGCCUGGGAAACUAGAAUGAAACCAGGGCCUUGAACAGAAUAGAUGACUCUUCUGCCUUAGCCUCCCAAGUCCUGCAAUUACAGACCACUGUACCCAGCACCACUGCACAUUUUAUUAAUUAUUAGAUAAUUCGUAUUAUUUUAAUUUUACUUGUUUAUGUUUUGAGAUCGUAUCUUACUACAUUUUGAACCAUUUUGACAGAGAUCUAUCUGCCUCUGCCUACAGAGCACUGGGAUUAGAGGUGUGGGCCACCACCUACAGUCCUAACUCCAGUUUUAGACACCAGGGUUUUUUCUUUCUUUCAUUCCUUUUUUUCUUCUGUUUUGGUUUCUUGAGAAAGUUUUUCUGUGAAUUCCUGGCUACCCUUAGAACUUGCUGUAGAUCAGGUAGGUCUUGAACUCAGGGAUCUGCCUAUUUCUGCCUCCUGAGUGCUAGGAUCAAAGGCAUGCACUACCUCAGCUAACACAUGGGUUAUUUCUAAAUUUUUCUUUCAUAACUGGAAAUAGUAAUUGAAGAAAAUACUGAACAUUUAAAAAAUAGAUUUACAUUUAUGUAUGUCUGGGUGUUUUGCCUGCAUGUAAAUGUACGAUUGUCUGGUACUUAUGGAGGCCAGAAGAGGGAACCUCUUCCCUAGUACUGGAGUUGCAGACGGUUGAGAGCAGUUACAUGGGUACCAAGAACAAAACCCAAGUCCAGGAUUCUUAACUGUUGACCCACUUCUCCCAUAGUGAACAAUUUUGUACAAAUAAUUUAAUGCCUUUUCAUUAGUUUCUCCAAGAUGACAUAGAAGUCUAAAGAUGCACAUUUCCAGGGUAAAGACCAAAAUUUACUAGUCAUAAAGCCCUUCAUCCUCUAUGUCAUCACUGCCUAGCUGCUCAAUAGGAGUAUCUGUGACGGUACAAGUUUUAAAAUAUUAUACAUAUUAUUCUGUGUGUGUUAAUAAUGUGUGGAAGCGUGGGCCAUACAUGCAUAUAUAUGUUCUGGUGGAGGUCAGAGGACAACUGCUAGAAAGAAAGCUCUUUCUUUCUAUCACAGGUUCUAGGGAUUGAACUCAGGUCAUAAAGCUUGUAGGGGAAGCACUGUCAUGGUCUGAGCCAUCUAGCCAAAGACAUGUUUUAAUUACGCUGUCCAGAAAGGAAGUCAAAUCCAUGGCAUGGCUGGGGAAAUGACUUAGUAGGUAAAGUGCUUCCUGUACAAUCACAGGACCAGAAUUCAGAUUCCCCAGCAGUCGUGUUAAAAAGUCAGAGGAAAGUGUCAGGCAAGAUGGCACAUACAUUCAAUUCCAGCACUCAGAGGCAGAGGUAGGGAGAUCUCUGUAAAUUCCAGCUGACCUGGUCUAUAAAGUUCCAGGCCAGUCAGGGUUACACAGUGAGACCCUAUUUCAAACCAAAACCAAAACCGAAUCCGAGGAGUGUGGCAGCCUGCUUGUAAUCCUAUUCUGGGAGAGGGAAAUAGGGAAUCCUGAGAGCAAACCAGCGAGGCUAUAUAAGUCUCACUGAAGAAGAUACUCAGUAUUAACUUUAGGCCUUCACACACAUGUGAACAUAUAUACAUGUAAAGAAGUCAUGGCAGAUCUCUCCCCCAUUAAUGAAGUCUGGCUCUCUAACCUAGGCUGAGGUGAUAGUCCAGGGUACACUCAAGCUUGCAGUGGUAUGUCUAUCUCAGACAAGUGCUGAGGGCUGAACUAAUCCAAGGCUUUCUCUAAGGCCCUGAUAAUGGAGAAGGAACAUAGCUCCUUCUCUAAAACCAGGAAUACGCUUGGUGGAGCCAGUAAUAGCCUGGAAUCAGGGCCUUGGGAGAUAGUCCUUGAGGCCCUGAUGUAGGAAACUAGGAAUAUGCUUGGCAGAGCUGGUGAUGGCUUGGGGCCUACGCCUUGGGGAAGCUAUGAAUGGCUUUGGGUCCUGAGAACCCAACUCUUACUGCAAGGCCACUGUGUACUCAGUCUGUAAUGUUCUGCAAAUGACCUGCGUUACCCUAGUGCAUUAUUGUUUGAUUAGCUUCCUGUCGACUCUGUCCUGUCAUAUGAUAGUUUCUGUUGACCUGGUCCCAUUUCUCCCUGAGAAUCGCACAUAAGAUGCUGUAUUUAAUCAGCCUGCCUGGCCUAAGACUCACUCAGGCAAGGUCUCCUAGCCCACCUGUUCUAUCUUUUUAUCUCUGAUCCCCUGGAUCUUCCUUCUUAGGACUCUGUCACGAAAGAAUGGCUUGCUAGUCCAGGUCUGUCAAAUACUGGCAUUAUCAGAGUGUGCCACCAUGCCUAACUUCAUGGCAACUCUUAAGACUUCAAAUACGGCUAAGGAUCAAGGAAUUAAAUUUUAAAAUUUUAACUUUAGUUAAAUUUAUUUAUUUUUUAAAAGAUUUAUUUAUUUAUCUAUUUAUUUAUUAUAUAAGUACCCUGUGGCUGUCUUCAGAACCAGAAGAGGGCAUCAGAUCCCAUUACAGAUGGUUGUGAGCCACCAUGUGGUUGCUGAAAUUUGAACUCAGGACCUCUGGAAGAGCAAUCAGCACUUUUAACCACUAAGCCAUCUCUUCAGCCCUGUUGGUUUAUUUUUUAAGACAGUUUUCCCUGUAUAGUCCUGGCUGGCCUGGAACUCACUAUGUAGACCAGGUUGGACUUGAACUCAGAGAUCCACCUCUGCUUCCAGUGCUGGAAUUAAAGGUAUACAGUACCAUGCCCAACUUGAUUUUAAUUAAAUCUUAAUUUCAGGGGGCUGGAGAGAUGGCUCAGUGGUUAAGAACACUGACACCUCUUCCAGAGGUCCUGAGUUCAAUUCCCAGCAACCACAUGGUGGCUCACAACCAUCUGUUUUUUUUUUUUUUUUUUUUUUUUCGGAGCUGGGGACCGAACCCAGGGCCUUGCGCGUGCUAGGCAAGCGCUCUACCGCUGAGCUAAAUCCCCAACACCCCAUCUGUAAUGAGAUCUAAUUCCCUCUUCUGGUGUGUCUGAAGACAGCCACAGUGUAUUUAUAUAAUAAAUAAAUCUUUAAAAAAGUAAACAAAUGUUGGGGAUUUAGCUCAGCGGUAGAGCGCUUGCCUAGCAAGCACAAGGCCCUGGGUUCGGUCCCCAGCUCUGGAAAAAAAAAAAAAAAAGGUAAACAAAUAAAUAAAUUCCUUCUCCUGUACUUGAAGGCAGAUCACUCAUGUACAUAAAAUACAUGAAUAAAUAAAUCUUAAAAACCCACUAGGUAGAUUUUAACUUCAACAGUCGCUCACAUGUGGCUGGUAGUUAUUAUGCUAUACAACAGGGGGUCUGAACAGAGGUAGACUUUCAAGCAUAUGUGGCCAUGUCCGACGAUUUAUUUAUUUAUUUUUUUUGAAAACAGCGUUUUUCUGUGUAGCCCUGGUUGUCCUGGAACUUACUAUGUAGACAUGCCUGGCUUUGUACUCACAGAGAUCUGUCUGACUUUGCCUCCCCAGUGCUGGGAAUAAAGGCAUGCACCACCAUCAUCCAGGUGGUUUUUUUUUUUUUUUUUUUUUUUGUUAUUCACUUUUUUUAAAGAUUUAUUUAUUUAUUUUAUGUACAGUAUUCUGUCUGCAUAUGUGAUUGAAGGCCAGAAGAGGCCACCAGAUCUCAUUACAGAUGGUUGUGAGCCACCAUGUGGUUACUGGGAAUUGAACUCAUGACCUCUGGAAGAGCAGUCAGUGCUCUUAACCACUGAGCCAUCUCUCCAGCUCUAUUCACCUUUUUUUUAUUAGCCACUUCAUAUCUUCAUUUUGUGCAGUAAGUACUCUUAGCCAGUGAGCCAUCUCUGACACUGCUAAGUACCUAACUCCAAAUAAGUAUGUAAUUCCCUUUAAACUGAUUAAGUAAAUCUCCUCCUGUGUUUUAUUGACCUAAGCCACAAAGAAUGUCAGAUACUCCAUGAGUCUCCACGUUACAUAACUCAGUGUGGGAACUAGAUGUGUAAUUCUAUUUUCUGUUUGUAUUAUGUACUUUUUACUGAGGUGUGACCUGUAGUCCACAGAAUUCACUACUGUAUCCAAUGAUCUUUAGCAACUUACUCUAUUUGUGCAACAAUGGCUACUACCCAGUUCCAGAGCGUCUGUCACUUAAAAGUUCACCAGUAUAAGCAGAUCUUUUGUAUUAUCUAAAUCUUUACAUGGACACACUUCCCAAGUCUAGCUAUAAACCAGAGCAUAGAGAAAGGUGUAAGAAAUCAAAGGCCAUCAAAUUUCCUUGCCUUUAUAUAAAGUGUUUAGAAGUUUUAAAAUUCCAGUCUAAUUCUAAAGUGUGGCACACUGAACAAUCCCACUGAAAGCUUGUCAAGAGAGGCUUCCUUAGGAAGAACUCUGACUUGACAAGUCAGGGCCAACUGCUUAUCAAAUAUGAGAAGUAUGUUUUACCUUGCUUUACUUCUUCUGAAGCCAUGGAGUCCCCCACCUCAAAAUCUGCACUGAUCCUCUUCCUAAGGAAGCGUAAGUACAAUUCACUUCGAGCAUUCAUCAGGGUAACCUCAGUCAAGACGGGGUCCAGCUCCCUGAGACACAGAGCACAGGAAUAAGAACAUUGUGUCCCUGUAACGGCAAGGCUACAGAGUGAACAGACUCCCUCCUCCUAACCCAGGUACGUAAGCUCUGUCAGAUGAUGGCUGCGCUGCCUUGUUUGUUACAAAGACUAUCAGUCACAUUUUCCUUUUUCUUUCUUCCCUUCCUUCCCUCUCCCUCCCCAUCAUCCUCUCUCUUUCUUUUUUAGUAGGGUCUCUCCAUGUAGCUCUGGCUGUCCUAGAACUCACUGUGCAGACCAUCCACCUGCUUCUGCCUCCCAAGUGCUGGGAUUAAAUGUGUGCCACUACACUCAGCUUCACCCACAGUUUUCACUUGCCAGGGCUCAACCAUGUACCUCCAAUGGGAAAAUUACCUAUGCUUCUGUGGAGAAAAUAUACUUCUCUAAUCUCAAAUUGAGCCAUGAGAUUUAGGACACACCAUUAUACUAUGUCCUAUCUAUCUACCUCAGUGAGCAGCCAAAACAGUCCUGAGAACAAAUGGGAAGACUUAAACUUGCGGACUUCACAACUUACUGCAGGGCGGGAGACUGCUCCCUGCCUAAGAGUGCUUGCUGCACAAAGUAAAGGCCCGAGUUGGAAUUCCUAGCACCCAUGUUAAAAAAAAGGCUGGGUGACGGUGGUACAUGCCUUUAAUCAUCAGCCCUCGUAGGACCAGCCUUGUUCCAGGACAGUCAAGGUUAAACCUGUCUCAAAAAACCAAAACCAGGGGCUGGGGAUUUAGCUCAGUGGUAGAGCGCUUACCUAGGAAGCGCAAGGCCCUGGGGUUCGGUCCC